CCUUCGUGUGGCGCAGAUAAACAAGCUGCAUAAAAGUGCGACUUAUCAAGCGUCGAGCGGCAGGGCAGACUCACUUGUCGAGCAGAUGAUUGCCGAGCGACCUUUGGCCUAAUAUGGGCCAGUGUCGUCAGCUGUGCUCGCCGCCAACCAGCCAGCACUCGAUCCGCCAGUCGCUGCUGCCCAGCAUCACAUCACAAAACAAUCUGACCCGACAAUGCUGAGUAGCGUGUGCCGAGCGGCGGCAGGUCUGCGGGGGCCAAUGGUGGUGUUGGCUCGUUCGGCGGCGACAGACGCGGGCGAGGGGCCGCGACGGACGUGUCUGCACGACUUCCACGUGCGGCGGGGCGGCCGAAUGGUGGACUUCGCGGGCUUCCUGCUGCCGGUGCAGUACAGCGAGGGCAUGUCGGCGUCGCACCGUCACGUGCGUCAACACAGCGGUCUCUUCGACGUCAGCCACAUGCUGCAGACCGAGGUCAGGGGCCGCGACCGGCUGUCAUUCCUCGAAAGCCUUUGCGUUGCUGACCUGCAGGCGCUGCCUGACAACGGCGCCGCCCUCUCUGUCCUCACCACGCACAGCGGCGGUGUCGUUGACGAUCUUGUCAUCACCAAGACGCCGCUGGGAUAUGUGCACCUGGUGUCCAACGCGGCGAGGAGGAACGAGGUUUGCAAGUUGCUGGCCGAGGCCAGAGAAAAGUGGGUGGCCAAAGGCAAGGACGUGGUCGUCAGACACUACACACCCGAGGACUGGGCCCUGCUGGCCCUGCAGGGGCCCACAGCGGCCACCGCCCUGCAGCCGCUCGUCGACAUCGACUUGACGCAACUCAGGUUCAUGACCUCCUCCCUCGCGGCCGUCGACGGAACUGAGAGGUGCCGGAUAACUCGCUGCGGCUACACGGGCGAGGACGGCUUCGAAAUCUGCGUGCCGGCCGGAAUUGCAGAGUCCGUCUCAGAGCAGCUGCUGGCGUGCAAAAACGGCAGUGUGCAGCUGGCUGGGCUCGGCGUGAGGGAUUCACUCCGCAUUGAGGCCGGCCUCUGCCUCUAUGGCGCCGAACUCAGCGAGGAAAUCUCACCUAUUGAGGCUGGACUCACGUGGCUCGUUGCCAAACGACGCCGUGAGGCUGCCGACUUCCCAGGUGCCAGCUCCAUCCUCCAGCAGAUUCGACAGGGCCCAGCUCGGCGCAGGGUGGGUCUGCGUUCUCAGGGCGCGCCUGCGAGAGCGGGAGCGCAUAUUGUGGACCUGAAAGGCGUACCGCUGGGCCACGUAACGAGCGGCUGCCCGUCGCCGAGCCUCGGGGGCAACGUGGCCAUGGGCUUCGUGCAGGCGCAGGCGGCUAAGGCGGGCACGCGGCUGCACUUGAUGGUUCGCAACAAGCCAGUCGACGCUGAGGUGGCCAAGAUGCCGUUCGUCACCACUAACUACUACACGCCAGACAAGAAAAAUAAGUAGACUCUCCGCUGUAUGACCAAAUAGGUUUAGUGUGCCAAAGAGCUCCCAAAGAUUUAUUUUUUCAUCGAUCAGAAUUGAUUUGAAAGAAUGUGAUCAAUAAAAAUGAUUUAUCUAUGAUAUA